ACCUUCUGCAAAUCGAUUGAUCCACGACUGCUGUAGGUCAUGUCAACCUUCAAUCAGACCUGCCCUAACCCCUCUACGUUCCUGCUGACCGGCAUCCCCAGCCUGGAAUCUGAGCAUGUCUGGAUAUCCAUCCCGUUCUGCCUCAUAUAUCUGAUUGCUCUGAUAGGAAAUGGUACUGUCGUCUUCGUUGUAAAGCAGGAGGAGACCCUCCAUGAGCCCAUGUACUAUUUCCUGUCCAUGCUGGCAGUCAUUGAUCUAUCCCUCACAACUGCCGUUGUCCCCAAAAUGCUGAGCAUCUUCUGGCUGGAUUCCAGAGAGAUCAGCUUCGGGGCCUGCUUCCUCCAGAUGUUCUUCAUCCACACCUUCACUGUAGUGGAGUCGGGGGUGCUCUUGGCCAUGUCUUUAGACCGAUACGUGGCUAUCUGCAACCCCUUGAGAUACAAGACUAUCUUAACCAGCUCAAAGGUUGCCCAGAUUGGGCUGCUGUCCCUUGCUAGAGGGGUGGGGUUUGUGACACCCUUAACCUGCCUUCUAACCAAUCUGCCCUACUGUAAAACGAAUGUCAUCCCUCAUUCCUAUUGCGAGCACAUGGCCGUGAUGGAGCUGGCCCCCAAGGCCUCGGCAGUCAGCGACCUGUACUGCAUCAUUGUGGCCACAGCACUAGUGGGGACAGACUUCAUCUUCAUCACCUGCUCUUACGGCAUAAUCCUCCGCUCCGUCCUACGGCUCUCGUCUCAGGAGGCGCGUCUCAAGGCCUUCAGCACCUGCAGCUCCCAUGUCUGUGUCAUCCUGCUCUUCUACUUGGGAGGGCUCCUUUCUAUGUUCCUGCAUAUUUUUAAGCUCAGCUUUGCUCCUCACACCCAGGUCUUGGUGGCUGACCUGUACCUCAUUGUUCCCCCCAUGCUAAACCCAGUCAUCUAUGGCAUGAAGUCCAAGCAGAUCCGGAAACAGGUCUUUAAGCUCUUUGGCCAAAGAAAGGUCUUAGCAGAAGCCAGUAUCUAG